CGAGAGCCUAUCAUGUCGGCAGCACAAACCCAGCCGCCAGGAACCUUUCUCCCGGGCACGAAGGUGACCGUUGGCAGCCAUCGAGUCACCAUCGAGAAAUAUCUAUCAGAAGGAGGAUUCGCGCAUGUCUAUGUGGUUCGAGUGCCUCGGGAGGAGGGCAAGUAUGAGCUGGCGGUGUUGAAGCGUGUGGCGGUUCCGGACAAGUCGCAUCUCGCCGAGAUGCGCACGGAAGUCGAGACGAUGAAGAAGUUGAAGGGGCACCGACAUAUCGUCACGUAUUUCGACAGUCAUGCCAGUCAGCUGCAGGGCGGCGGAUACGAGGUGUUCCUGCUCAUGGAGUUUUGCAGCGGCGGUGGGCUGAUCGACUUCAUGAACACGCGGUUACAACAUCGCCUGACCGAGCCCGAGAUCCUGAAGAUCUUUGGUGAUGUUGCGGAAGGUGUCGCGACCAUGCACUACCUACAACCGCCACUCCUGCACCGGGAUUUGAAGGUUGAGAACGUGUUGAUCUCCAAAGCCCCCGGCAGUGGAGGGACGCCUCUGUAUAAGUUGUGCGAUUUUGGAAGCACUGCACCACCGCGGCCGGCAGCGAAGACGGCGGAAGAAGGCCGUUUGAUUGAGGAGGAUGUGCAGAAACAUACUACAAUGCAAUAUCGAUGUCCUGAAAUGAUCGACGUCUGGCGAAAGCAGCCGAUCGACGAAAAGGCGGACAUCUGGGCGUUAGGAGUUCUGCUGUACAAGCUGUGCUAUUACACGACGCCUUUCGAAGAUGUGGGUCAGAUGGCAAUCCUGAACGCUACAUUUAAAUAUCCCUCGUACCCAGCAUUCUCGGAUCGGCUCAAAAAGCUCAUCGCUUGGACACUAAAAGAAAAUCCACAAGCGCGACCAAAUAUCUUCCAGGUCAUCAAAGAGGUCUGUAGCAUGAGGGGCACAGAGGUGCCCAUCAAAGACAUCUACACCGGUCGUCCAGCCUCUGAAGCUCGGAGAAAUCAAGCGUUACCUUCGCCGGACCCGAGUGCGACCGCCACGAUCGGGCUGCAAAAGACCGCCCCGCAGGUGCAUACCCAGGCAAUUCCAGACAUCGCACCCAUGCGAAGAGGCAGACCUGCUGCAUCAAGCGCGCAGCCGGCUGUUGCCAACAAGCCAGCAGCAACUCAGGGCGACCCGUUCGCAGCGCUCGACUCGAAGAACUUUGAUGUUCGUGCAGGCGCAGUGGACGAGCUCUCCAAGAAGUAUCCUUCUCUGGACGAAUUUUCAAUCACUCAUGAUGGCGCGAAGAAAUUUGCGUUUUCGAACUCAUCCUCACCGCCUGGCUCAUCUGGCGGGAACAAAGCCAGCCUGAGUGAGCGAGUCACCAACGCCCUCGCCGAUGAGGCUUUCUCGCGAUUAGCAGCUGCAAACAAUAUCUCGGCUCAGGGCAAGGUCACAGCGCAACAGCAGCGACCGGUCUCCACGAACGUCACAGCACCAGUGAAGACCCUUCCCGUGAAGCCGGCGAAGGACUCACGGCAUGUCGGCGCCGCAGAACACAUCCCAACGAAUCCAGCUUAUCGAUCAACGGCCGUUGGCACUUCGCCACCACUGCCGGCAAAGCCGAAGAUCCCCGAGGUCAGCAAUCGACCUGUUUGGCGCGUCCCCGAAAAAGCUGCAUCCCCACGGAUCAUAGAGCCGGCUCAGAUGUCUCUACCACAACGCCCGGUAAUGGGUGAAGCCCAAAGAUCGAAAUCGCAAUUGCAAGUUUCAGGCUCCGGUCAGAUCGGAACGGCGGGUCUUUAUCCUGGGUCUAGCAGUCCUAACAUUGAUGGCCAGAGGCAAAGCUCCCUUCAAUUAGAUAAUACCGGCACCUCGCGCGGUCGCUCGGCUGAUUCACAAGUACGAACGCCAGGCUUAUAUGUAAGCUCGGACAUCGAUUACCUGCGCGACCAAGAGCAGGCCAGGAAGCGGCCGUCGAUGGAAAUGCGCCGUCAUAGCCGACAAGCAUCGUAUACCCGCGAGUCUUCAGCAGACGACAGAGCCACCGAUACAAGUGUAGAACAAGCAGCUGUUGCAGUUGACAGCGAUCUUUCCCGAAAGAGUUCCGUGAAGAAGCAUAGUUUCGGUCACCAUAAGCGAGCUAGUCUGAGUGCGUUGUCCGGUGCAAAGCAGAUGCUGACAGGACGUUUCAACGAUGCUCGCAAAUUAUUCGAAGGGAACAGACCAGAGCAAGACCUCGCGCUGAUCACACCAACUCCAGGGGAUGAUGAUGACGAACCAAGGUUGUUGUCGCCAAUCGCGGGAUCCGAGGCCGCCCUCAGCCGCCAUUCUGAUCGCGACUCUACUGUGGAUGAGACCGAGGAUAUGCCACCUGAAAUGCGCCGCGAGAUGGAACGGAGGCGAUUGAGCGAAGAAGAACGCAGGGUUGCCGCGGCUGCAGCAGACUAUCGUGCUCGCGUUCUCGCUCAAGGUACCGGGGGUCCUGCAGCUGCUCACGGUGCUUCAUCUCGUGCCAACACCAUUCAGCAGCGCGUUCAAUCGUUGCUCGAUGAAGGCCGUCAAUCCCCAGCACCGCCCAAAACGGCUUCCGGGUAUGGUCAUUACAACGAUGCACAGAAUGCCACUGCCGCCGCGGACGAGACGACAGUCCCCGCAAGUGCCGCCAAACCAGAGAUUCCAUCUUGGACGGGACCUCCGAUUGGCGCCAAGCGGCCAAUCUCGAGCUCCCAACAUCACUCGCCGGCCCCACAAUCCCCCGAGCUCUUCCAACCACAACCCCGACCGCCCGUCCUUGCCCCCAAACCCACCGGCCUCGCCGCCCUGUUGGCGAAAGACCUCGAAGGCGUCCCCGACUACCCGCCUCGGGGGAGCAGUCUGGCGGGAGACGGUGCUCACUCCGCCGGUCCGGUCCUGACGUCCACGGCACCGGCCAAGCCAGUGCAGCCUCAGCCGCCGCAGCAGCAACGGAUCGUCGGCAACGCUGAACCGGAUGACCUCGCGGAUUUCAGCAAGCGGUUUCCAUCGCUCAGCGGGAUUGAAAUGGUCGAGACGGAGAUUGGCGACUCGUCGAACCCUGGGCGGCGGGAGAUCCGUGUCAAGGAUGUAUGACGCGGGACCGGCCAGCAGUCCCUUUGCCGGUUCACUCCAUCAUCCGUGAUGCUGUAUCACGAGGGGUCUUUUUUCCGUAGAUGGUAUACGCAAAGAGGGAGGAAAAUCUCAAAAUCAUAUAUCGUCUAUGUGGUGGGCUUCUGCCCUGCAGUGCUGUCUUUCUAGCCCCCUGUCUCGCCUUCCUUCCAUCUGAAACUGCCCUGUCCGUAGACAUGUUGCAGCUGGACAAAACAAACAAUCAUCUCGCGAUGCCAACACGCGAAUGCCAAUGCCAAAAUCACACAUCCAAAAGCAAAACAUGCUCUCUCCCCCGUCUCCAUACUCUUCUACUUCUAUGAUCAGUA